AUGUCUUCAAUUCCAAUUUGGCAGCUCCCCGAGCUUCUAGAGAGAGAUGAUCCAGCCCCAACAUGGAUGGUGGUUUUUACAUGUCCAAUGAAGGAGGAAGAACGCGACGAAAUCAUGCAAGACCUUAUCACCGUUGAUAAUGACUGGCCUGAUCGUCCUCCCUAUGAGCCGAGACGGUUAUUACAGGUUCCCUGGUUGAUGGAUACGCCGGCAUAUCCGUCGAAUAUUUUCUCUAUCGUCAGGCGGGCAGAGGAGCCCGAGUCAAUGAUAUUUGUGGACGAACGGUCGUUGAAAGAUGAUACCGUUGUUCUGGCCAAUUAUGAACAGCCUGAGGAGAAGUUUGGGGUUCUAAGAGCUCCUAUUCACAGAGCCAAUGGUCUCUUGAGUGCCGCGGCUGAAGGCAUGGCCCUUGAGGGGAUGAUGCCACUCCCAGAUAGUUUCGAAGCGAUGAAAAAACGAGGAACCAAGUCUUAUGGUGAAAAUCCAGUCUUUAUCCUAGAGGAAAUGACCGAGGAAGAAAUCCAGAAAAUCAAAGACCUAUUUUCUAAAUCUGAGAAUGAGUCUGAUUGCGACCUGGAUUGGGUAGACGUCUCCAGCAAACUCGAUAUCCCUGAUAUAGAAGGUCUUCUGGAGUAUUUCGAAUCCGAAGAACACGAGAUGGAAAGGCCACCACCUUAUUUCCUCGCAGUGGAUCGCGACACUUUGGAAUUUGCGAAUCGGUCAGAAAGAAAGGCAAAAUCGGAGGCUGUGAUUCUAGCAUCGCAAGAGGCUGGAAGACUCCGGUUCUGUGAUGAUUUGGGUGAUGGACACAGCGAGGUGUGUAUGGGAUAUGGCGUUGUAUCAAGGAGUGUAGAAGAUGCCAUGAACGCCGUGUUGAACCUUUCCUUGGCAAAUAUGGACUUUUGUGAACUAGCCUCUGGGUAUGAAUAUGUGUAUUGGAAGGGAUACCAGGCUUGGGUGGAUACUAAUAUGGAUGACUAUGACGAAGGAGAGAAGUCAUUUGCGAGUGUUUGGGUUCCUGGAGAAGGACGAGUCGACUGUGAGAGAUACUUCUAA